CGUUCUGGAGCUUCCCGGACAGCGAAGAUGACAUCAGACUUUAUUCAUGUCUGGCAAACGGGUCAGCAGAUGAGUUCCAACGAGGCGAGCACUUGUUUAGAGAUAGAGCUGUUAAGGAUGUGCUCCAGAUUGGUUUCCACUUAUCAGCUACAGUGUCGUUCAACAUGCCUCGAGCUCAGUUCAAUGUGGCAGUAACAUUCGACAGACAGCGAAUAUCAUCAUGCAACUGCACUUGCUCGUCCACAGCGCACUGGUGCUCGCAUAUCGUCGCCGUGUGCCUCUACAGGAUACAUUUGCCAACACAAGUAUGCCUGCGAGCGCCCGUAUCAGAGUCCCUCCAAAGGCUCAGACGCGACCAGCUACAGAAGUUUGCACAAUACCUUAUAUCAGAGCUACCACGACAAGUGCUACCCACGGCUCAACGUAUACUGGACGAGCUGCUGUCCGCGCAGCCUAACCAGAUUAACACGACCUGUGGAGCGCCGGAUCCGACCGCGGGGGCGUCAGCGUAUGAAUAUACGUCGUGGUUCCUUGAUGAGAAGACCUUGCACAACAAUAUCAAUAAGAUUUUAGUCAAGUUCUGUGUUCCUGCUCCUAUAGUCUUUAGUGACGUAAACUACCUAAGCACAAGCGCGCCACCGGCCGCGGCGGAAUGGUCGUCCCUUCUCCGGCCCUUACGAGGCCGAGAGCCCGAAGGCAUGUGGAACCUCUUAUCCAUAGUGCGAGAGAUGUUCAAACGGAGUGACAGAAACGCUAUACCGCUUUUGGAGAUCAUCACUGAGGAGGUUAUGGCGUGUGAACAGAUAAUAGUGUGGUGGUACAGCACAAAAGCAGCGCUGGUGGCGUGGGGCGGCGGCGGCAAGCACGGUGGCAGCGGCAACUCCGCCGCUCAGCAUGCCUGCUCGUCCUUGUGCGAUGAGGUUGUGGUACUUUGGCGUCUGGCCGCCCUGAAUCCCGGCCUGGCUCCCCAUGAACGUGACACUUUGCACGAGCAGUUCACUCAGUGGCACAUGAAAGUGUUAGAUAAGGUCGCCAAAAACCGCAACAACCACAUGGGGAGCUCAUCAUCCCACACCCGACACACGAGAACCCACUCUCAUCCCCCCUACAUCAACGGGAUAUCUGAGAACGAAGUUUUCCCGGGCUUCCAACCCGCUAUGGAAGCCUGCUAUCUGGAGUGGGACGACUACCAGAUACCCGGAGUGACUUACACCAAGGACCUGAACCCGCUGUACCACAGUCCGUUCACUAUAUUCAGACAUGCUGAUAAACAGGCUGAUGUGCAUCAGGUGAAUUCUUCAAAAGCAGUAUUAAACAACGAGAUGUCUUUGAGCUACCGUCUCACAAACCCAGACCCUCACCGCACUUUGGUGCAUCGGACCAGAAUUAAUGUGGACUUGGCCAUCCCAGGACCCUCAGGACAACAACCUGGUGGAUCUGGUGAAGGCAACAGUGAACAGCCUGGACCCAGUGAUGGAAACCAUUCCAGCGUUUCGUCAGAAGGUUUCUGCGAGAACGAAGAAGAGAUCCUAGUAGCCAGCGGCGUCGACACAGACUCCCAAGAGUCCAGCUCACCCGCCGUAUCAUCCGACGAUGCAGCGCGUCGGGUCUCCAACGAUGAUUCCGUGUCAGAUGAUGACUGCAACUUGUACUUCUACGACACUGCGGCCGCCAGGCUCGCUGUGGCCGGCGAGGGCACCAGCGGCACUGCCGUGGAAUGGUCCGCUUCGGCGCCGACGGGCUGGGAGUGCGGCUGGCAGGUGCAGUCCGCGCGCGCCGAGGGCCUGCAGGCGCACGGGCACGCGCGCGAGGCGGGCGCGCUCGGCGCGAGGCUGGCCCGGGAGCUGCUCGCGCGCCCUCCCGCACUAGGUUCGAGCGCGGGCGGCGCCAACAGCCACGACCCGCGCAAGGCGCGCCGCCGCCACACGCCGUCCCCGCGGCUGUGCGCGGCCAGCCACAGGCUGUCGUGCCUCGCGUCGGCCACCUUGGCCAAAUGCGCCUUCUUGUGCACCGUUCUAGCAGAAUUCAGUGAGCACCACGAACUAGCUUUCCGCGUGGGUCUGUUCGCCCUAGAAAUGGCAAGACCACCGGCCAGCACAAAAGCCCUAGAGGUCAAACUCAACAACCAGGAGACUGAACUAGUGGCGCUGCUGAAGAAACUGCCAACUGGACCUGAACAGCUAGCCUUAGCUAGGGAGAAGGCUGAGCAACUCCGUGACGGCACGCUUAGAAAUAGAGGACCCGCUCUGCUACCUAUCGCGUUAGCAAGUUUCCUGUUCGACGUCUUAGUUUUAUCUGCGACUGACAAGGAAAAUAAGCACCCAGCGAGACAACCUUCAGACGAAGCCCUCGGCUUCGAGGCAGCAGUAGCCGCACUAGGCCUAAAGGCAAACGUGUCCGAGGCCGAACACCCAUUACUAUGCGAGGGCACUAGACGCCAGCGCGGAGAACUGGCGUUAACCCUGCUGGCUUUCUACAAGGACGAUUCAGUCAAGCUGGCCAGGAUUAUGAAUAAGUUAUUGGACCGCGACAUCCACCAGCUGACGAAGGGCCCGAUGGUGAGCGUGUACUACACCAACAACCCGCGCCUGGCCGCCUACCGCGAGCAGCACCCGCACCCGCACCCGCACCCGCACCCGCACCCGCACCCGCACCCGCACCCCGCAGCGGCCCAGCCCGCGCCGCCGCCGCCGUUCAAUCAGUUGAGAAAGAUGACGUACUCGUACUCGUACGCGCCGCAACAGCAGGUACAGUGCCAGCUAGUUGCCGAAAUGGAGCGUCUAGUCGUGUCGGAGGGAGGCGCGAGUCCGCCCGCGCACGCGCACGCGCACGCGCAUGCACACGCGCACGCGCACGCGCACCCGCCGCCGCACCAGCAGCCGCCGCACCAGACGCUCGCCAGGCCGAAGGACUCGAGAUAUAAAGGCAAAAGGCUGUAUCCGUCCGUGCCUAACCAGCCCUCGGAGGCGUCAGCACACUUCAUGUUCGAGUUGGCCAAGUCCGUGCUCUUUAAGGCUGGAGGCUCCUCUUCUACCAGCCUCUUCACGCAGACCUCCUGUGCGCGGGAACACCAUGGGCCACACAGAGGUUUGCACAUGGCGGCGUUUCAACUCGGUCUUUACGCGCUGGGGCUUCACAAUUGCGUGAGCGCCAACUGGCUGAGCCGCACCUACUCCUCGCAUGUCAGCUGGAUCACAGGUCAAGCAAUGGACAUCGGAGCGCCUGCGAUUCUAUUCUUGAUUGACGCAUGGGAGGGACAUUUGACGCCGCCCGAAGCAGCAGGCAUUGCUGAUAAGGCAUCAUCGGGCCGAGACGUGCACACAGUGCGCGCCGCAGCAGAACUAGCCUUGUCUGUGUUGCCGCACGCACACGCGCUCAACUAUAAUGAAAUACAACGCGCCGUGUUGCAAUGUAAAGAACAGAGCGACGCCAUGUUAGAACGGGCGUGCUUGACCGUUGAAGCUGCUGCUAAAGGCGGCGGAGUGUACCCCGAAGUCCUAUACACCGUAGCCCGAUACUGGCACGAGCUCUACCUCCGGCAAGCGAACGAGGACACGGAGCCGUUACUAGAGGAGCCGCAGUACCGCGCCGUGCCGCCCGUGCACGUGCCCGUGCCCUACCCGCUGCCCUACCCCUUCACCUACCACCCCUACCCGCCCAUCUACCAGCUGCAGUACGGCGGCGCGCCACCGCCACACGCAGUAAGCGGCCAAUACGCGCUCCCUCCAUACUUCGUGCGCGGCCUCGUCCCGCACGCUCCCCUCGCGCCGCUACCGGCGCAAAUGCCGGCCCAGUUACCGGCGCACGCACCGCACACGUCACACCAGCCGCAUCAGCCGCAUGCGCAGUUACCGCAACACGCGCAGUUACCGCAGCACCCACCGCCGCUGCCCGUCAAUGUCAACCACGGCGCACCCAUCCCCCCUCCGCUACCCUCAAUGCCCGGCGUAGCGGGUGUAGCAGGCGUCGGCCCCGUAGCCGGUCACGGUGGCGUCGGCGUAGCGGCACCUCUACCCGCGCCCGUAGCACCGCCGCUACCUCAAGCUCAGCUACGGCGUCUGCUCGCCGCCUACCGCGUCGGCAUGCUGGCGUUAGAGACGCAGGCGAGGCGGGUGCACGACGAUCGUCCGCAGAACAAGUUCGGCAGGAACCCACCCUACGGCGAGCACGUGAAAUGGCUCCUCCGCAUCUCGAAACGCCUCGGCGCGCAGUACUUACACCAGUUCUGCGUGUGCGCAGUCAACUCCGUCGUGUCCCCCUUCGUGCUGUACGAGCUGUGCGUGGAGUCGGCGCACUGGCUGGCGCGCGGCGGGCCGCACCACCUGCUCAUGCAGCACCUGCGCGGCACGCUCGCGCCGCUAGUGCAGAAGUGUCAGCAGAUGUACAUCCAGUGCAUACACCAGAAGCUGUACCACCUGACGCCGGUGGAGUACGAGGAGUUCGUGAGCAUCGUGCUGUCGGCGCGCACCGCCUUCCAGCUCACGCCCGAGGGCAACACGCAGUUCAAGGAGUGGCUCGCCUCGCUGCGGAGAUCCAAGUCUUGCAAGAAGGACCUGUGGACCCAACUGAACGCCGCUCUCCAGACGAACGGCAAAUGACGCCGGCAGCCGAUAGUUUGUCUGGUGCGGUACACCGCGCGCAAACUGUCACAAUACAGGCGAUGGCCGCGAUACCGGCUCCUCUAUCAAUUGCACACUCUCUAAUAUUACACCUUGUGUUAUUUGUAAUAGAGUCGUUUCUCGCUCACCGAUCGUCGCUUAUUUGUGAAUUUUCUAUGACAGUUCGACACAUUUGUAAUCGAUACGCGUUAGGUAACCGCUAGGGUUUUUAUUCAUUUUGUGUACGUUGUGCUACGUCCCCAUGCAGACAUUGACAGAAUAAAUUUACAUCGAGCAUUAUGUAUCAAUAAAAUAUAACCACCAUGAUUCAUAAAAUUUAGCCUAGCUCUGUUAACUAAAACAUUUUAUUUUGUCUUUAUUACAAACCAACUAUACAUACUUUAUUACAUACUAACCUAACGUAUAACUAGUACCCCAUUAUAACAACAUUAUAUUGUUACGCGUGAAAUCUCCGCGUAUUGUGCUAAAGUCUACGUCAAACAUAUGCAUAUAUGUAUUUCUCGUCUUAUUUCAAUAGAGUAAGAUGUUAAAGUGUAAACAUAUCUUUGAUCUUUGACGUCAUCCGUUUGAGCAAACAUACAGUGAUUGAGUAAGAUGCGUAAAAUCUAAGAUAAUUUCGUGAUAAAAUAAGACACGUAAACGAGAUGGCGCUGUACAGUUCCAUACAUUUUGUCUGAUUGUCAAAAAUUGACUAUUGACAAUUCAAUGACCGCAAAAUCGCCAUCUGUUUUGGAUGUGUAACUAAGGGGCACGUUUGUUUCUUAGACAUUACCUCUCAAUUACAAUCAAUUAUCUUUGGUAUGACGACACUUCAUAAUAUUGAAAGUUUGAUAUAGAUUUACUAGUCAAGCAUAUAAACGGGGGAGGUAGCAUGACUAGAUUUUAUUCUAUUAUUUCUGACGUGGCCGCGUGGCGUGCACUAUUUAUACGCAUCUCCAUUACAAAUAAUACACGCUUUUCGACUCGAUUUGAGGCAACACCUCUAUUAGUAGUAGCAUAAUAACUCAUUAGAGGGUAAUCGAUCUCAGAACAGUUGUAUCGAUAAUCAAAAAUGUUGCUAACUCCUGCAUCUUAUUGUAAUAUUCAUGCCUAAAUACUUAGUCCUGUGAGUGGACUUGUGUGACGAUUUUACAUCUCGAGUAGUAUUUAAAAAUUAGAUCUCAAUUUGUAAAUAAUUUGUAGGCAUCACGUAAAUUAUCUUUAGUUUCAUUUGUUAUACUUCAAAGUUGAUACAAGCUCAUUUGAAGGUUGUGCAAUAAUAGUCUGCAAUUGAAAUCUGCAUGUAAGACAGUUCAUGUGUGUUCGUGAGUCGCCUUUCGAUCAACUAAGGAGUUUAGCAACAUUUACUUUUUAUAAUCAAACUUAUUUAUAUAUCUUACAAUGUAAAAAUGACAUCUUAAUUUAUUAUUUCCAAUGUAUUGUGACAACUUAUUUAUUUAUACAUCGCACUAUUUUAUAUACACAUGAUUUGCUUAUUUCGACUUCCUUGUAUGUUUGAAGUUAAUUAUAGUCUCGGUAAAUUGAACUGUAUGCGUAAGCUAAGGUGACAAUCGUUAACGCUAAUCUCAAAAAUAUCCGAACAACAGAUGAUAACGAAAAAUCACGUGGAAAGUUCCAUACAUUACUUACUUUUCAAUUCGCGUUACCAAUUCACGAUUGUGGUCUUCGCUACGCCCCCUGUUAACUAGUCAAUGGUUUUGAGGAAAUAUCAUUGGUGAACCAGUGAAGCUUCAACGCUUUAGCUCAUUUAGUAUCUUUUUAAAUAGUUUAAGAUGCUGGUUUUAUUUUAGUGCCUUCUGCCUAUAAACGUCUUCGUUUCGAAUGUACGCGAAAGGCAUUAAAUGAAAAAUCUCUUUCACGACAAAUGUUAAUCAAAUGCAGUUUGAUUUUUUUUUAUGUUUUUGCAUAACCUGUUGUUCGAUUAACAUUUAUUUUUUAGUUAAAUACGCCGGCGUGGUGGGUAACUUUCUCCCAAGUAAAUAUCUAAUAUGAUGCGUUUAAAUUUCGCACAAAACAUUAUUCUGUUGUGAUGUUUUUGUGGUUUACAUUACGUCCAUAAGUUUCAAAAAGUUUUUUUUUUAGUUGUGUUGACUAACCUAUAACCAUUUAUUUAUGGUUAGUUGUCCACUGCGCCGCGUGACCACUGCACUGCAGAGGUUUUUGUUAAGAAGAUCUCCGUCACGUGUGUAAGUACCGUAAAGAAAAUGAUUGUCGUUCUUUACUCGUUUUAGCCUAUUUAUUUGUAUUUUUUAUUAUUGUGAGUGCAGGACUUUGUUGAAGCAAAACUGUCAGUUUUAAUCAUUCAUAAGCUUUUUGAUAUACAUACAUUGCUUCGGACAUUUUGUUUAUGUGAAUGUCUAACUGUAUUGACGAAGUGUAAAGAAUUCAAAAUUGAUAACAAAAGUCCAUAUUAUAUUUGGUAAUUGGCUUAAGAUGUUUCAAGUGACCUAAUAGUGUCAUUAAACUACAAGAUAUUAGACAGAAUGUAGAAGACGGCCGUCGAUUCACUAUUUUUGAUAUUCUCUUGUCGAAAUUUGCAGUUUCAUGGAUGUAAAGUACUACGCGUCUUGGUGAGAUAAGGUAGACGUGUGGUCGAUUCUAUAAUAACUUUAUUUACACAUAUUAUUAUAAUAUUAUAAUGCUGAGUAGCAUCUUGAAGCCUUUGAAAUAUAUAAUGUAUAGUCUGACGCGCCGGCAACAGAUUCGCAGGCAAAUUCAACCUGACUUGAGCUGUAGUAUCAUUCCGAUGUUAGACGCCGAAAGAAUACACGCCUUUUGAUCAUACAAGAUUAAGAUGCAUAUAAAAAAAUUAAAUUCCAUACGUUCUUCCAAGUUUAAAAAGCAAUAUUAAUAUAUCAAUCUAUAAGCGUAUUUUAUAUGGCGUAGCACUUCUAUUGUAAGGAAUAUACCGCUUAUAGGUAUUAAAUGUUUUGCAACAUUUUUGAGCAUUGGGUGUUUUUAAUAAUACGUUUUUUACAUUUUAUACAAUCAUGAACAAAAUAUUAAUGUGACGUGUUAAAAGCAAGUGCAAGUUGCUCAUUUCAAAAUCUUAGUACCCGAUAGCUUAUAAUAAGAGUAGGUAUGUAUGAUAGUGUUGCAUAUUGUCUUUAAUGUUGAAUUUGAGCCCUGUACCUAAAGUACGAUCAAGCAAAAUAAUAUGUACGUAACUUAACAGUCCUUGAUACUAUUGCACGUUCCUCUACACGUUUCGAGUUUCAGAUUAGAUGGCCGUUCCGAAAGCUGAAAUUAAUUCGGAUGCGUAGCUCGCAGCUCGGGAGUAAUCGUGCCUAAUUUAUACGACAUUAGAGCAACCCAUUGUGCCUUGACAUCAGUCGAUCGUGGUCGGGAUACUCAUUCAUUACGCGCCUCGCCCGAAUGGCGGGAGCUCCGUACGAUACAUGGGCAUUUUCAUUUGGUUAUACGCCCAACUUAAGUGUACUUAGUUAAACAAGGCAUCUCACUUUCAGAUAGUCGCCAACCUUUAGCGUUUGAUUGCUACCCGGUCGUGGUACAAUAUUAAAUUGAUAUGCCCACGAGCUAUACUUUUAAUAAAUCGGUAUUGAAAUUAGUGGUAGAAAAACUCUUGAUUCGUGUAGUUUUAAAUGUGGAGAAGUGCAGUGUUUAUGACUACAUAUAUCAUAAAUAACCAAGCCAUUUAGAGAAAAACACGAAAAAAAUGUAGGCAAAUGUUUCAUCAGUUUCCCACAAAAAUUCGCCAGCAAUGAAAUUUAUAUGCGAUCUCACAUUGGAAUGAUAUAUUUGUUGCCGGCCCCGCGUUACGUAGUUUUAGUUCAAUAAUAUCUUUAUAAUAUUAGAUGUUUAUGUGCAUUCAUUAAAAGUAUGAAUGUCUUAAACAUUCAGUAGAUAGUAAAUUUUAGGAUGCUAGUUAGUAUAAAAUGACGUUGGAAAAUCAUUCGAAAAUUGCUACGCCAGCUGCAUCUUUUAAUCGUAUUAAAGGAAAAAUUCUUUAAAGGGUUUUAUAUAUAUACAACUUCCAGUAUUCAGUGUUUGGGUGUAGAAUACUUAAACAUUUAGCGCAAUAGUUUGCAAUCUUUGAGUCGUUAAUAAUGCACUUUGGGUUGCGUGCGUCGCGGGGAUACCCCUUGCGCUUUCAGUUCUACCGGCUCGACUUGUAGCAGCUUGAGAUAUCUAGAGGGCGUUCAUAGUAACACGGGUUUGCCAUUCAUGGUAAAAUAACUACAUUGACAAAAAAGAUUGUUUUCUUUCAUUGACGUAGGAGAGGCGGGGCUACAGCGUGUCUCGCGAGGUGUUCCUCGUGCGACGCUCGCAUCUAUCGCACUUCUGUAACUGUAGUUUACGAAUAAAGUGUUCAGUCUUUCGUAAUUAAAUUUGUCAUAAUAACUCGCCGUCCAUAAUUUAUUUGCGAAUCUGAAUGAGCGUAGGCUUUGUUUUGCAUCAUUUUCCUAUUAAACUCAUAAAAUAUACUUAUAUUUUUAUUCAAAUAUUGCAGAAUUUAAAUAUAUUGUGCUCUUUGGGCAUUAUUAACAUUAUCUGGUGUAAUUUCUCUGGAGAUCGCUUUUUCUUUCUCCAUACCUAAUGGCAUUAAAAGUGCUUUGACAUUAUGUCUCAAAGAACUAUUUUUACACUUUGAAGCAUAUAAAAAAAAAGAUAAAUAUAUCGUUAGUUUGGUAAAUAUAGUGCGUUAGUAGGAGCAUAUUUUAAUUAGUCGUUUAAUGCAUGUUCAUAGUCUGUAACUUGUAAUUCACCCAAUUUUUGCAAGUCGGCGAGGUUUCGUAUUGUGGUUUUAUUUUGUUUGCUGGUUAUCAAUCAAUGGUUGGACUUUGCUUAAUUUAAAUAUUAUGCACCACGUGUUCCAUCAUUAUCUACCUACUUGAUAUAGUUUCGUCCAUGCCUUGGCAACAUAUUUGGCUGAAUUUCAAUAUCAAGUUUGUAAGGUUCAUGUUUAUCGUAGCGCGUAGUAAAUCGGAUUGGAAAUACCUACGAUAGAACAAUAGUUUCAUCAUAAUAGUCGUUUGAAGGCGUGAAGCCGCCAGUGCCUGAUCAUAAUAAAGCAAAUACAGCAAGUUACUUCUGCCUGUAGCGAGAGAUCACUCGCGCGCGUUAACUCGGUACAAGAGUCAAUAUUCUUUUAAAAUCGAGGUAGCGCAUUCGAGCUGAUAUUGUAUGACUCCUUCGCAGCCGUUUAUAAUAACGGCACUAGAAUAUGUCGAGCGUUCGCAGGUUGAGUGAAUUUAUUGAUUUGGUCGUGUUUAGCGAAUUAUAAGUUGUCCUGUCCAGUAAUACUCAUGGCAAUGCAAGUUGAACACUACGUCACAUCACAAUCGGUUAGUUAUUAUACAGUAUAGCAAGUCUGUUAGUCCAAAUCGACGAUGCAUAAUUAUUUUAUACAUCUGGAUUUGUAGUUUAAUUAUACACUUUGUAAGUGUGGUGUCUCCGCCUAUUAAAGUAUGUAACCAUUACAGUUCGAGUGGCUACUUAUUAGAGUACGUAAUAAAUUUAUAUAUUUUUUUUUUUGUUUCAUGUCGCAUACAUAUUUGUUGUCAUUUCAAUUGCACGUUGGUACCGUGAAUUGUUAUCAUAAUUUAAAUUGUUUGGUGUAAGAUACAUAUUUAUGCUCACAAUUGCAAGACGCAUGAUUUGUUGGCAAAUAGCGUGUGCCGCUGCCGGCGCGCGGCGCUCCGCGCGACAACCGUCGACUCUUGCAGGACGUAAGACUGACAAGCACCUUGUGAAGUAGUCGAAUGUGGAGUCCUUAUUAAAAAUGUAUGUCCAGGAUGUCUGAAAACAACACUCCAUUCACCCGUGUUUAAAAUUAAUACUCCUUGUUUACUCCCCACAUUGUUUUAUGACAUCCUGCAUAUAAUAGAAGUGCCCAUACAUUUAUAUUUAAAAUUAUAUAUCUACAUAGCACUAGACAUUUUGCUCCGUUGUCGCAAAUGGUUGUAAUUAUAAAGGUAUAGGUAAUAUUAAUAGUUAAAUGAUAGACUGUUUUGCACGAUUUCUGGUGUGACGUGAUCACAAGUCACUGCUCCGAGUUGCGAGGCGGGCGGUCCAACUCUUUGUGAUGACAAGUGGCAAGUAGCGAGUACUCGCCCACUCGCAACCCGCACUUUUUUAACAUUCGGUAUUCUACCUACGCAAUAUCUCCCCACUAUUAUAAAAUGUAUGUUUCAACUCAAAACUCGAAAUAUUUUGACCUCUACAUAAUUUUUAUUACUUUUACGAUUACACAUAUUAUAAUAAGUCUUUUAUUGAAGUAACAUUAUUUAAUUAUUCAAUAUACUUAUUCUAUAUUUAAGACAAA